AUAAAUAUUUUAUAGAAUUUGAUUGACCAUACGGCAAACUACGAUUGCUUCUACCCAUUGAGGAGUUGUUAAUGGGUAAAUGUUAUUCCUCCGGUACAUCGGCAGCGCUUUGUUGUUGCGGGCAGCCAGCGUGUGGGGUAACGGGAUGACGGGUGUGAAACAAUGCAGUAGCGGCCGGGUGAGCUACCUCACGCAGUCUAACGCAGCGGCGCUGGACCAGGACUUAUUCAAUGAGUACAAAUUCAGCGUUGACCAGUUGAUGGAGCUGGCUGGAUUGAGCGUGGCGACAGCAGUGGCAAAAGUCUAUCCGCCUCAAACUCAUCAAUCUGCCCUAAUAAUCUGUGGCCCAGGCAACAACGGAGGUGAUGGCUUGGUGGCAGCCCGCCACAUGGCUCUGUUUGGAUACUCAGUGGCAGUCCACUACCCUAAACGCACACCCAAGCCCCUCUAUGAGAACUUACUAGAACAGUGCAAGCAAUUUAAUGUGCAAAUUGUUGAUAAUUUACCACCAGUAACAGAGUUAAAACAAAGUUACAAAGUACUUGUAGAUGCACUGUUUGGAUUUAGUUUUAAACCGCCAGUCAGAGAGCAGUUGAAACCUGCACUGGAUGCUUUGAUUAAUGCAGGACUACCAGUUUGCAGUGUAGAUAUUCCAAGCGGAUGGGAUGUUGAAACUGGACCAGGCAAUGAACCAGCAUUAAAACCAUCUCUUCUGAUCUCUUUAUCAGCUCCAAAGCUUUGUGCAAAACCAGAAUUUCUGCAGGAUGCAAAACAUUAUCUUGGGGGCAGAUUUCUGCCACCAGGAAUUGUUUCAAAAUAUAAUUUGACUUUGCCACCUUAUCCAGCUCAGGAACAAGUGGUUCAGUUGUCUUGCUAACAUUUCUAUCAUGUAGCAAUAGGCUGUUAAAUUAGGUUAAGUUGUUGGUGUAAUUUAAAGGGAAAAUAAAAUGUUAUUAUACUUCCAAA